AUUACUGUAGACCAAACACUGCCUAAUCAUCUCCUCCAGACAAUUGCCUAGAAAAAGACGAACACUUUUUUUGAAUUCAAAAGUUCAAACCCUCUAAAGUGGCGCUCAUUUUCUCCACCACCUCCCAGUGACUCUCAGUGAGGGUUUAGAUAGAGAGAGAUUCUGAAAGAGGGUUUAACGGUCUUCUCUGCAUUUUUCUUCUCCUUCUCUGUAAAUCCUACACACAGAGUGAGAGAGAUUGGAAGAAAAAUGGUGGUGUCAAAGGUAGCAUAUGAGGAAAGCCGUCGGAAGAGGCUGGAGGAGAACAAGAAAAGAAUGGAAGAACUCAAUCUCAAUAAACUUGCUCAAUCGCUCAAAACCAGUGCUACCCCUAAGCCCUCUCCAAUGAAGCGGGUGAAGCCGCAGAUGCCUCGCCAGCCGGUGGACCUCUCUGCUGUGAGGAGGUCCCGUCGUGUUGCAGACAAGCCUCCACCCAGUUACAGGGAAGAGCCUAUUGAACCUUUGGGGAGGCGAAGUUAUCAUAGGACUUAUAAUUAUAAGCCAAGGGAUUUGUCAAACCGAGUAUAUGCCUCACAUGAAGACAGAGUGUAUGCUAUAGAGAGAGCAGAAAAACUGCAGUCAGGUUUAGACCCUGAUAUUCCAAGCUUUGUAAAGCCAAUGCUCCAAUCGCAUGUGACUGGAGGGUUUUGGCUGGGACUUCCUGUCUAUUUCUGCAAUAGCCACCUUCCAACCCAUGAUGAAUUCAUCACUUUGUUGGAUGAGGAUGAUAAUGAAAGCUCAACAAAGUACCUUGCUGAGAAAACAGGACUUAGUGCUGGGUGGAGAGGUUUUGCUAUUGAUCAUGAAUUAGUUGACGGGGAUGCUUUGGUUUUCCAACUAAUCCAACCUACAAAAUUUAAGGUUUACAUUAUAAGGGUGAAUCAAGUUGAAGAUAGUGAUGAGACUCCAAAUCAAGUUGAAGAUAGUGGCGACAUUCAGAAUGUUACAAAUGUUGACAUUGGUACGAGAAGAACCAGAGCAAGCAUUCUUCACACUUCAAGCUCUAGUGAGGCUCCAAAUGUUACAGACAUUGGCAUUGGUACAAGAAGAACGAGAUCAAGCAAAAAGUAGAGCACCAAAUGUUCAGCUUUUCAACUAGUUUGUUGGUACAUCACCUUCGGCAAAGAAAGAGCUAUGGUGUACAAUUGUUUUCUUGUUUUCUUUCCUUGUAUCUCUCUGUUUUGUUCCAUAUUUUGAUCAUAACCUUUAAGGUUAUUUGUCAUACACCAUACUCAAUAUACUGCUCAUUCUAGUCUGUACAAAUUGUUGAAGUAGGCUAUAUCAUGAUAUAUGUGUGUGUGUGUGUGUGAGAGAGAGAGAGAGAGAGUAGUUAAUGAAUUAAACUGGGAUUCUGCGAGACCCCCAUCCAUUCAAGUUGUGGGGUUGAAUUUUGAUGUCUAACAAUGUGAUAGUUGACCUUUGUUUUGAUCAAGGUGACCUAAAUAUAACAUUUACUGGGAUGUUGAAUUUUAACA